AUGGUAAAAGAAAGCGAUCAAUUAGAUCUUCGAGAGGAAAACGGCGUUAAAGAUUUGAUUUUCUUUGUGAACGGUCAAAAGCGUGUGAUCAAAAGUGGGACGAUUGAUUCAAGAAUGACAUUGGCUGUGUAUCUCAGGGAUCAUUUGCGUUUAACUGGAACAAAGAUUGGUUGUAAUGAAGGCGGAUGUGGUGCAUGUACGGUGAUGAUCUCUGAUCAGCAUCCACUUAGAAAAGAGUUACGCCACUAUUCGGUGAAUGCUUGCCUCAUGCCAAUUUGUGCCGUUUUUGGGAAAGCCAUUACAACAGUAGAAGGGAUUUCAACAGAAAGAGCUCUUCAUCCUGUUCAAGAGCGAUUAGCAAAAUGUCACGGUUCUCAAUGUGGUUAUUGUACUCCGGGCUUUGUCAUGGCCAUGUACUCCUUACUCAGAAAUCAUCCAAAACCAAGCAUUGAGCAAAUCGAUGACACUAUCCAGGGUAAUUUGUGUCGUUGUACAGGCUAUCGACCAAUUUUGGAAGCUUUUUACAGUUUCGCGGAAAAACUUAAACUAACCGAUCUGACCGAUUGUGCCAAAUACGAUCCGACACAAGAGUUGCUUUUUCCAUCAGAAUUGAAAAUAAACAAUUUGCAUCAACAAUCUUUUGUCUACGAAUCAAAUCAACACUUUUGGUUCCAGCCGACAACUCUUCAUCAUCUACUGGCUUUGAAAAGAAAAUAUCCAAAUGCCCGAAUUGUGAGUGGAAACUCUGAGGUGGGAGUGGAGCAGAAGUGGCGAUUCGUUGAGUCUAAGCGGAGAAUCAACCCAAAACAGAUUCCUGAACUGAACCAAGUCGAGCUUCUCUCGGAUUCGAUUUCAAUUGGAGCCGCGCUCUCAUUGAGUGAAGUGACUUACGAGUUAAAACUUUUAAAGGCCAAAUUGGCUGCCUCACAAUGUGGUGUGAUUGAUCUUUUUUUGGAGAUGAUGCCCUAUUUUGCGGGGAAACACAUCAGAAAUGUGGCGACGAUUGCCGGGAAUAUCAUCACAGCUUCACCGAUUUCUGAUUUGAAUCCAAUUUGGAUGGCUACCGGAGCAAAGCUUGUUUUGCAAUCGGAAAGCUCUGGAGUAAGAGUUGUGGAUUUGGAUGAGAAUUUCUUUGUCGGUUAUCGGAGGACAACGAUCAAUCAAGAGGAGAUCGUAAAAGCAAUUCUGUUGCCGUUAAGCAAACAGAACGAACACUUGGCUGUUUACAAGCAGGCUCAGAGACGAGAUGAUGACAUUGCAAUUGUCACUGGAGCUUUCAAAGUAAAGAUUGAUCCUGUCACAAAAAGAAUCGAAAAUAUUUCUAUUGCUUAUGGAGGAAUGGCUCCGGUAACAAAAUUUGCGAAAAUCACAUGUGAAACGUUGCAAAAGAAAAAAUUUGAGCGAUCUGUUUUGGAUUUCGGGAUGGAGAAGUUGAGGGAAGAGUUCGCUUUGUCGGCUGAGGUGCCCGGUGGAAUGCCGAGAUAUCGACAAGCACUGGCAUUAUCGUUUUUCUUCAAAUUCUAUCUAAAAACGAUGAGUGAACUCGAGAAUAAAGUUGAGGAAAAGCAAUUGCACUCGGAAAGUCUCAAAGCUACACAACUCUAUCAGGAAGUUCCCAAAGAUCAAAAUGAAACUGACGCAGUCGGGAAGCCAAUGGUUCAUCAAAGUGGUUUCAAGCACACCACAGGAAAAGCCAUUUAUACAACGGAUGUCAUUGUGCCGGAUUGCCUUCACGGGGUUCUUGUCUUGGCGCCAAUCACUUUUGGAACUCUCCACGAGUUGGAUCCGUCUGAAGCUUUAAAACUUCCGGGUGUUGUUCAAUUUUAUUCGGCUUCCGAUCUACCAGAUAAGAAACUCGGCUUUGUGAAUGAUACACCGGUUUUUGUCAGUGAAGAGAUUUCCUACUAUUGUCAACCAGUUGGAAUGAUCCUUGCUGAGGAUCAUGAAACAGCGAGAAGAGCCGCGAAUUUAGUGAAAGUUCGAUGCACUGAAAAGCCGAAUCCUAUUUUGACGAUUGAAGAAGCACUAUCAGCCAACGCCUUUAUGGGUCCACAAUUCAAAGUUCUUUCACAAAUGAGUGAGGGAAAAGAAGAACACGAAGAAAUCGAUUGGUCAAAAUACGAUCGAGUUGUGAAAGGUGAAUGCCGAACAGGAGCACAAGAACAUUUUUAUUUGGAGACACAGAAUUGCAUCGCGAUCCCAUUGGAGGACGACGAAAUAGAGAUGGUUGUGAGUACACAAGGAGUUUCUGAUAUUCAGAGUGACGUCAGCAAGAUUCUUGGGAUUCCGAAGCACAAAAUCUUCUCAAAAGUCCGACGAGUCGGGGGAGCAUUUGGUGGAAAGGAAGCAGCGUCAUCUCUCUGUGCUGUUCCCGCGGCAUUUGCUGCAAUGAAACUCCGUCGACCUGUCCGUUUCUACUUAGAGCGAUACGAUGAUAUGGCUAUCACAGGCACCCGUCAUCCAUUCAGAUUUGACUACGAGGCGGCAAUCUCCAAAGACAAUAAAUUACUUGAUCUGAAGGUUCACUCUUAUUCUAAUGGUGGUUUCUCCGAGGAUCUCAGCUUGGCUGUGGCAACAAGAGCAAUUGUGAGCAUGGACAGUGUGUAUAAGAUAAAAAACGCGGAUCUCUAUGCGCAAGUUUUGCGAACAAAUCUCGCCUCGUCAACAGCAUUCAGAGGAUUCGGAGCUCCACAAGGAAUGUUCUGUAUGGAAACAGUUCUCAAGCAUCUCGCCGAGAAGUUCGAUUUAGACGUUGAUCAAUUCCGAGAAGAUAAUAUGUACAAAGAAGGAGAAAUGACCCCAUGCGGGAUGAUUCUAUACAAAUGCAACGCGCGAAGGACUUGGACCGAGUGCAAAGAGUUUUCAAAAUACGAACAAAAGAAAGAGGAAGUGAAAUUGUUUAACAGUCAAAAUGAGUUCAAAAAACGCGGUGUUUACAUGGUGAGCACGAAGUUCGGAAUAGGAAUGGGUGAAAAACCGUUUUUAAAUCAGGCUGGUUGUUUGAUUCUCGUUUACUGUGAUGGAUCGGUGCUGAUCUCGCACGCGGGAAUGGAAAUGGGACAAGGAUUGCAUAUAAAGAUUUUACAGAUUGCCUCUCGAUGUCUGAACAUCCCAAUCGAGAUGAUUCACAUCCAGGAAACUUCUAGUGACAAGGUGCCAAACACGACCCCGACAGUGGCCAGUCUUGGAUCUGAUUUAAAUGGAGAAGCGGUAAAGGAUGCUUGUUCCCAAUUGCUUUCUCGUCUCAAGCCUUAUAUGGAUUCAAAUCCAACCGGCAAAUGGGUUGACUGGGUUGUUUCGGCUUAUUUCGAUAGGGUACUCUUAUCAGCAACUGGAAUGGGAAGAAACAAAUGUGAUCCGAUCAAUUUUGAGACGGGAAAAGGCGGUAAACAUUUUGCUUACUGUGUUUAUGGGACAGCUUGCUGUGUGGCUGAGGUCGAUUGUUUGACGGGCGAUCAUCGGUUACUAUCGACAGAUAUCGUGAUGGAUAUCGGCGAUUCGAUCAAUCCAGCGAUUGAUAUUGGGCAAAUAGAAGGAGCUUUUACACAAGGCUAUGGCCUCUUUACGAUGGAAGAGAUCAAAGUGAGACCGAAUGGGAUGCGGCUGACUAGAGGCCCUGGCGUUUACAAGAUCCCGUCGGCUGAUGACGCUCCUUGCGCGUUCAAUGUCUCGCUUUUGAGGGACAGCGGCAAUCCAUAUGCGAUUUUCGCUAGCAAAGCAGUUGGCGAACCACCGCUUUUCCUCGGUAGUGCCGCCUUUUUCGCGAUUCGAGAAGCUGUGAGAGCAUACAGAAUUCAAAAUGGAAGAACUGAUUACUUCUCGUUUGAUGCGCCGGCAACUCCGGAAAGAAUCAGGAUGGCUUGCGAAGAUGUGAUUACAGAAAAGAUUCCCCAGCUACCACCAGACAACACUUACACUCCAUGGACAGUCACUUUA